GCUAGGUGUCGACAGCUUCAUCUAAAGUGCGAUAGAGUGGCACCAACUUGCGGCAGAUGUCUGAGUGCCAGCAAGACGUGCUCUUCACCCAAUCUCAAAAUCCGCGAGACCAAUGAGCGCAAGUUCAGGUUUACUAAGAAGCAGAAGUGGGUCAAAACGCCCAGAAGAUUGGUCUUCAUCAAUGAGUCCCAGACAACCAUCAACGAUGCCCUGAGUUCAGACAGCGGGCCAGAUGAGGUCGAGACAGCCUGGGAAUCUCCCACAGGUGCCUCUCGGGUGCCAUUCCUCGGGAGCCCACCAUCAACCGCGGACAUACCAUCCUUCCGGCCGCAACCGCUCCAGGACCGUUUGCGCCUGAUGAUGAUAUCGUCUGUCGUCAAUCCGCCGUCUUCAAGCUGGCCCUUAACGAAUCCAGAAGAGGCCCGUCUCUUCCGGCACUUUGUGGAGCACCUGGCUAGAUGGCUUGACUUGUGCGAUCCGAACCAUACCUUCGAGAUCAUAGUGCCACAGCUGGCGAGGGAUUCUCCGGUUCUGUUGAAGGCCAUCUUCGCUGUCUCAGCACGUCACUGGGGGCAGACUCACAGCGACGACCACCUCAAGAGAAUGUACAAUCAGCGUGCCGACAUGUACAACGAGGAAUGCAUCAGCAUCAUGAAGGACAUUUUGAACAGGGAUGAUUACCAGUCGGGCUGGACUGAGCACCUCUUUGCUUCGACCAUCAUUCUCCAAGUGAUGGAAGAGAUGAACGCUGCACUCCACGACGAUGACACCGAUGCGGGUGAAGACAGCAUGAAGGAGGCCGUCAGGAGGGGCCAUCUGCCCGGCAUGUACCAAUUCGUCCGAGACGCGUCGUUUGAACCUGGGACGCUGGGGGCAGCGUCAUUCUGGGUCGGCCUGCGGCAGGAGAUUUACAGCGCUGUGACGAAACGGCGAUCGGUGUGCCUCGAACCUGGCCCUCGCUUGAUGGACAGGUCGCUCGACGAGGCGGACGAUAACACGUGGGCGAAUCGGGCCGUGGUCCACUGCUCUGAAGUGAUCAACUACUGUUUCGGCACCGAGAGCCACCAGCUGUCCCAAUGGGAUAGGCUGGACAAGUGGAACGGGCAAUGGUCAGAAAGACGCCCUCCAUCAUAUGAUCCAGUCUUCAGCGAGCCUCCAGACUCUGCUGUUUUCCCCGAGAUUUGGUAUCAUCGAGGUUGCCAGGUCAUCGGCGUUCAGCACCACCGCCUUGCGAAGCUUUUCCUGUUGGAGCACCGUAUCAAGUCUGGAAACGCGAGGACGCCGGAUGAGACGUACGAGGUCCAGAGCGAGAUUCGCAAAACAGUCCGGGAGAUCUGCGGCAUCGGGCGCGGUAACCAGUGGACACCACCGGGCAUGUUUACGGCCUGCAUGACGAUAGCGGCCUUCGGUGGGUAUUUUCACACCAUUGAAGAGCAAGACGCCAUGCUGGCCAUCUUGGACCAGACCCAGAAGGACCAUGCCCGGCCGACUGAGAGUGUACGACUGGAUAUGCUCCGGUUGUGGAGGCGGCAGAUCUGA